AUGUCCAUCGUCAAAGCAUCCUCCCCAGGCAAGGUGCUCAUACUUGGCGGUUACCUCAUUGUCGAGGCGCCCAACGUCGGCAUCUCCAUUGGCACAACUGCCCGCUUUGAGACGCGUGUGGCGUCACGGCAAGAAGCAGAUGAUGGGAGGUGUCACGUGCACAUUCUCUCGCCUCAGUUCGGCAAAGAGUUUACCUUUGAGUGCACCGUUGACAACACUGCAGAGCCAUCUGUGUCCGUCACGCAGACGGAAGGGCCGUCGUCUCCAUUCCUCUUCUACAGUGUCCUCUACGCCGUGGCGGCAGCACUAUUGAAAGGCGGCAAUAUUCGCAGUGUUCUCACACUUGAGCUUCUUGCCGACAAUGAUUUCUACAGCCAACGCAACUACUUGGAGGCGCAGGGUAAAGAAGUGAGUGUCGCUAACCUGCGAGCUCUUCCAUCUCACUUGCAUCUUGUGGGCAGCGUAUCCAAGACGGGACUGGGCUCUUCUGCCGCCAUGACAACAAGUGUAGUGGCGUGCUUGUACUUUUCCUUGUGCAAUAGCAACAGCGCCAGUGCAACAGCAACAGAGGAGGUGGAGACUGUGCAUCGCAUCGCCCAAGUUGCACAUAGCGUGGCACAGGGCAAAAUCGGUAGCGGGUUUGAUGUCUACACCGCGACGUACGGAACAUGCGCCUACCGCCGUUUUCCGGCUCAUUUUAUUGAGAAGGUCAUUGGUGGGAACGAGUCCCCUAAGAGUGUUGCUGUCACUGCUCUCUCAGACUGCUUUCAUCUGGACAAGGUGUGGGUUGAGCGUGUGCCAUUCCAGCUUCCUACGGGGGUGAAGCUUGUUUUGGGUGACGUGCAUCAGGGCGGCUCGGGCACACCAGGAAUGGUGUCCAAGGUCAUGGCGUGGCGGAGGUCUGUCUCUGACAACCCAGACAGUCUUUGGCAUCGACUCCAGAAGAAUAACGAGAAAUAUGUUGAGGCACUGCGGUCGCUGAUUGAAAAGUCUAGCAAGGAGGCAACACUUCACCAGGAGGCGGUGAAUGCUCUGAAGCAUGUCGUGCUCGCGCAGCAUACUCCCAAGAACGAUGCGGAACGACUUUGGGUCGAGGCGUCGGCCUGCGCUGCAAUGAGCCGGCGCUACCUUCGUGAGAUGGGGCAGGCUGCCAAUGUGGAGAUUGAGCCGAAAGAGUUAGGUGUCUUGCUUGAUUCCACCCUCGCCCUUCCAGGCGUUUUCGCAGUGGGAUGCCCUGGUGCUGGCGGCUACGACGCUGUGUUUGCACUUGUGUUGGGUGACGCCACGUGUGCGGUCGUCGAGGCGUUCUGGGAAGGAUACUCGGCCAUGCGUGUUUGCCCCCUGCUGGUGCGCGAGGAUGCAGGUGGACUGACGGUUGUGUAG